UUCCCUCCCCCUCUCUCUGUUCCCUCUCUCUCUCUCUGUUCCCUCCCUCUCUCUGUUCCCUCCCCCUCUCUCUGUUCCCUCCCUCUCUCUCUCUGUGCCAUCUCUCUCUGUUCCCUCCCUCUCUCUCUGUUCCCUCUCUUCUUUUUGACUAUGUUUUUGUUUAAUGAGGCUCAUCUAGUUGGAUGUCUGCCAUUAUCCAUGAUGUUACGGCAGGUCAGGGAAGUAAUCAAUAGCCGUAACAUCAAUACAACCUUUACAUAUUCUACUACGCACCAAACACUGUUGACAGGGUAAAAUCAUCGCGUCCAACCACAGAGGCUGAGUGUUGGGUCACAAAGGGUUUCCUUUGAACCAGUUAAAACAGACAGACCAGAUGAAGCAUCACUGAGUACUGAGCUGUAGACAGGUAGAACGUCUGUCUGUCUCACCUGUCUGUCUGAGUACUGAGCUGUAGACAGGUAGAAUGUCUGUCUGUCUCAUCUGUCUGUCUGAGUACUGAGCUGUAGACAGGUAGAACAUCUGUCUGUCUCACCUGUCUGUCUGAGUACUGAGCUGUAGACAGGUAGAAUGUCUGUCUGUCUCAUCUGUCUGUCUGAGUACUGAGCUGUAGACAGGUAGAAUGUCUGUCUGUCUCACCUGUCUGUCUGAGUACUGAGCUGUAGACAGGUAGAACGUCUGUCUGUCUCAUCUGUCUGAUUCCUUGACUGAAAUGACAAAAAUCACAAAAUGAUAUGACAGAUUAAACACGUCUUUCAUUUGGUUCAGCUGUAAAAUAAUUAACAUUCACAAUGAACCAAAUAUGUUUUUUUUAUAGCUUUGUUUAAUCUCCAUAUGUUGAGAAAAGCACAGCCAACCAUUCCCUUGUUUUAGACAUAACUAAGAAUACUGCACUAACAGGGAUGGCAUCAAACUGCUGUCAGCUUUCAGUUCAAGUUCUGAAGUGUUUUUCAGGGGGAGAAUGUUGUACACUAGAGAGAAAUAACCACUAGAUGUCUACGUUUAUAGGUCUACGUUUUGUUCUUUCAAAGUUAGAAUUUUAAGUGCAUAAAAUCUCUCAUAUUAAUGAUUUUCCAAAAGAAAGUGUAAGCCAUGUUCAUACUUAGAAACAAAUACAAGAACACUUUUUAUAUCAGAUGAUACCAGUUGAUGGAAAUCAAGUACAGUAUACCAACUUGUGCAAUGUGAUAUAUCGUUGUAUCUCCAAUACUCACGACAAUGUGAUAUAAAACAAUUAUUAGAGUUAUAUUAUAUUAUAGUUGUAUGUCAUUUUGUUUGCCUUAUAGGCCCUAUAUGAAUUAAUUAUUGAAAAAUUGGUGUGUAAUUUAUGUUUUUAUUUCAGUAAAAAAAAGUUAAUAAAAUGAUGAUUUGAUUUCUGGUAUCUCUAGAAAGUGUUCCUAGAAUAAUUGCUUGAGAUCAGUGGUGUCCAAGCCUCCUCCUGGAGAGAUAACUUCCUCCUGGAGAGAUACCAUCCUCCUGGAGAGAUUCCCUCCUCCUGGAGAGAUUCUCUCCUCCUGGAGAGAUACCUUCCUUCUGGAGAGAUUCCCUCCUCCUGGAGAGAUUCCAUCCUCCUGGAGAGAUUCCCUCCUCCUGGAGAGAUACCCUCCUGCAGGAUUUUAUUCCAACCCUGCUCCUACACACCAGACUACUAACCAGCUGGUCCCCAAGACCUUGAUUAUCUUGAAUCAGGUGUGUUAGAGCAGGGCUGGAACAAAAGCCUGCAGGAGGCUAAAUCUCUCCAGGAGUUAGGUUGGCCACCCCCUACAGUAGGUUUUACUACUUUACUAGCCAGGUUGCCAGAUUGGUUUUUACUUCAUCUGCUAUUAUAACACAGAGGAGUAAGCUGAAGCAGAACAGAUCUGGCAACAUGGCUAGUCGAUAACCUCAUGUCCAGCAGAAAAUAUCCCUCCCCCAGUCCAGCCCCACCAGAGCCCUAAUGCACAGUAGUAGAUUUACCAUAUGUUACAUAGAUGAUGAUACACUACUUGGAAAAGCCAAGAAUCCAUCGUACUAGUAAAUGUUGGGUAAGAUAUCUUCACAUAGCCCCGAGCCACGUUCCACUGUUGAAGCAGAAACAGUGACAGACAUCUAACUGUGCCCCACCAAAGAUGCUUUCUAACAGAGAUGCUAUCUAACAGUGAUGCUAUCUAACAGAGAUGCUAUCUAACAGUGAUGCUAUCUAACAGAGAUGCUAUCUAACAGUGAUGCCCUAACAGAGAUGCUAUCUAACAGAGAUGCUAUCUAACAGAGAUGCUAUCUAACAGAGAUGCCCUAACAGAGAUGCUAUCUAACAGAGAUGCUAUCUAACAGUGAUGCCCUAACAGAGAUGCUAUCUAACAGAGAUGCUAUCUAACAGUGAUGCCCUAACAGAGAUGCUAUCUAACAGAGAUGCUAUCUAACAGAGUUGCCCUAACAGAGAUGCUAUCUAACAGAGAUGCUAUCUAACAGAAAUGCUAUCUAACAGUGAUGCCCUAACAGAGAUGCUAUCUAACAGAGAUGCUAUCUAACAGUGAUGCCCUAACAUAGAUGCUAUCUAACAGAGAUGCCCUAACAGAGAUGCUAUCUACGAGAGAUGCUAUCUAACAGAGAUGCUAUCUAACAGUGAUGCCCUAACAGAGAUGCUAUCUAACAGAGAUGCCCUAACAGAGAUGCUAUUUACGAGAGAUGCUAUCUAACAGAGAUGCUAUCUAACAGUGAUUCCCUAACAGAGAUGCCCUAACAGAGAUGCUAUCAAACAGAGAUGCCCUAACAAAGAUGCUAUCUAACAGUGAUGCUAUCUAACAGUGAUGCUAUCUAACAGAGAUGCUAUCUAACAGAGAUGCCCUAACAUAGAUGCUAUCUAACAGAGAUGCCCUAACAUAGAUGCUAUCUAACAGAGAUGCUAUCUAACAGUGAUGCCCUAACAUAGAUGCUAUCUAACAGAGAUGCUAUCUAACAGAGAUGCCCUAACAGAGAUGCUAUCUAACAGAGAUGCCCUAACAUAGAUGCUAUCUAACAGAGAUGCUAUCUAACAGUGAUGCCCUAACAUAGAUGCUAUCUAACAGAGAUGCUAUCUAACAGAGAUGCCCUAACAGAGAUGCUAUCUAACAGAGAUGCCCUAACAGAGAUGCUAUCUAACAGAGAUGCUAUCUAACAGAGAUGCCCUAACAUAGAUGCUAUCUAACAGAGAUGCUAUCUAACAGUGAUGCCCUAACAUAGAUGCUAUCUAACAGAGAUGCUAUCUAACAGAGAUGCCCUAACAGAGAUGCUAUCUAACAGUGAUGCCCUAACAGAGAUGCUAUCUAACAGUGAUGCCCUAACAGAGAUGCUAUCUAACAGAGAUGCCCUAACAGAGAUGCUAUCUAACAGAGAUGCUAUCUAACAGAGAUGCCCUAACAGAGAUGCUAUCUAACAGAGAUGCUAUCUAACAGAGAUGCUAUCUAACAGAGAUGCUAUCUAACAGUGAUGCCCUAACAGAGAUGCUAUCUAACAGAGAUGCCCUAACAGAGAUGCUAUCUAACAGAGAUGCCCUAACAGAGAUGCUAUCUAACAGAGAUGCUAUCUAACAGAGAUGCUAUCUAACAGUGAUGCCCUAACAGAGAUGCUAUCUAACAGAGAUGCCCUAACAGAGAUGCUAUCUAACAGUGAUGCCCUAACAGAGAUGUUAUCUAACAGAGAUGCCCUAACAUAGAUGCUAUCUAACAGAGAUGCUAUCUAACAGAGAUGCUAUCUAACAGAGAUGCCCUAACUGUGUCUUCCAGCAUCCCACAAGUGAUUACUGGAUCUAAUCCAUGUCUCAUGCAGCAGAGAUGAAUCAGGCAUGUGUUCUCUUUCCCCCUCCAGUGUAUGACUUCUCAUCUCUCUGGGCCCAUCCAAAAUGGCACCCAAUUCCCUAUAGGGCUCUGGUCAAAAGUAGCGCACUAUAUAGGGAUUAGGAUACCAUUGGGGUUGCAGCCUCUGUGCCUGUGAGCGGGAAUUCCCAGUUUUAGAGAAACCGGCAAGACAGAAACAUGACGGGCGGUAGCCUGGGAGCCAAACUGAAUAUCGUUCUGAAUAUUAACUCUGAAUAUCCACUAAAUAUCACGCUAAAAAUCACUCAAAAUAUCACUCUGAAUAUCACUCUGAAUAUAACUAUAAAUAUCACUCAAAAUAUCACUCUGAAUAUCCCUCGAAAUAUCACUCUGAAUAUCCCUCUAAAUAUGACUCUAAAUGUCACUCUGAAUAUCACUCUGAAUAUCACUCUAAAUAUCACUCUAAAUGUCACUCAAAAUAUCACUCUGAAUAUCCCUCUAAAUAUCACUCUAAAUGUCACUAUGAAUAUCACUCUGAAUAUCACUCUGAAUAUCACUCUGAAUAUCACGUUGAAUAUCACUCUAAAUAUCACUCUGAAUAUUGCGUUGAAUAUCACUCUGAAUAUCACUCUAAAUAUCACUCUGAAUAUCACUCUAAAUAUCACUCUGAAUAUCACUCUGAAUAUCGCUCUGAAUAUCCCUCUAAAUAUCCCUCUGAAUAUCACUCUGAAUAUCACUCUGAAUAUCACGUUGAAUAUCCCUCGAAAUAUCACUCUGAAUAUCCCUCUAAAUAUCACUCUAAAUGUCACUCUGAAUAUCACUCUGAAUAUCACUCUAAAUAUCAAUCUAAAUGUCACUCUGAAUAUCACUCUGAAUAUCACUCUGAAUAUCACGUUGAAUAUCACUCUAAAUAUCACUCUGAAUAUUGCGUUGAAUAUCACUCUGAAUAUCACUCUAAAUAUCACUCUGAAUAUCACUCUAAAUAUCACUCUGAAUAUCACUCUGAAUAUCGCUCUGAAUAUCCCUCUAAAUAUCACUCUGAAUAUCACUCUGAAUAUCACUCUGAAUAUCACGUUGAAUAUCACUCUGAAUAUCGCUCUGAAUAUCCCUCUAAAUAUCACUCUGAAUAUCACUCUGAAUAUCGCUCUGAAUAUCACUCUAAAUAUCACUCUGAAUAUCACUCUGAAUAUCACGUUGAAUAUCCCUCGAAAUAUCACUCUAAAUAUUACUUUGAAUAUCACUGAAUAUCACUCCGAAUAUCACUCUGAAUAUCACUCUGAAUGUCACUCUGAAUAUCACUCUGAAUAUCACUCUGAAUGUCACUCUGAAUAUCACUAUAAAUAUCACUGUGAAAAUCAAUAUAAACAUAAUGGUGGGAGAUGACUCUUUAGUUAGUCAAUAUUUGGUUUAUUUACAUUUAUUUUAUUUUCCAAUUCAACGUCCACAGUUUUGAGAAGCUAACAGAACAGUCAUAUUACCUGUGACUAGCAGCUAGCUACAUGUGCAUACUGUAUAAACAACAGAUCAUAUAUUAUAUUACAAUAUUGGUAUUUUGCGUUGGAGACAGCCUCAGUACCAGAGACCCAGUUCUAUCCUCAGUACCAGAGACCCAGUUCCAUCCUCAGUACCAGAGACCCAGUUCUAUCCUCAGUACCAGAGACCCAGUUCUAUCCUCAGUACCAGAGACCCAGUUCCAUCCUCAGUACCAGAGACCCAGUUCUAUCCUCAGUACCAGAGACCCAGUUCCAUCCUCAGAACCAGAGACCCAGUUCUAUCCUCAGUACCAGAGACCCAGUUCUAUCCUCAGUACCAGAGACCCAGUUCUAUCCUCAGUACCAGAGACCCAGUUCUAUCCUCAGUACCAGAGACCCAGUUCCAUCCUCAGUACCAGAGACCCAGUUCUAUCCUCAGUACCAGAGACCCAGUUCCAUCCUCAGUACCAGAUACCCAGUUCCAUCCUCAGUACCAGAGACCCAGUUCUAUCCUCAGUACCAGGUAGAUGCAUGAUGUUUAUGGCAUCCAAAGUUCUGCAUGACAUGAGAUGAACUCUUUGAAGAUUUGGUUUUCUCUUUUAACAACCAACCUGCUUGUCAUUACUUUACAACCUUCCACUGUUUCAUUCCAUGUAAUGAUCUGAUGUUUUCUCUAGGCCAUAAUAUACUGUUUCCCUCUCCCAGGGGAUUAUAUUUAUUCAUGGCAGACAACAGUAGAGAAUAUCAAUCCACUGACAUGCCAUAAUAAUAGUAUUAUAACACUGGAUUGUGGUUUGCUAUCAAUCAAUAAUGAAUUAAUUGAUUGGUGGUUAACACUAUUAGCAUAACACUGCUGUAGUUGAUACUUUGAUAAAUAUUUGUUUAAAUUUGAUCAGUUAGUUCUCUGCCAUGCACUGACCAUUGAUAGAAUAUCCUACCACUCCUGCAGAACAGAUUCAAGGUAAAACGGGUCAUUGUUUUCCUAUGGCAACAGCACACCAAAUAGUAGAUCUAUCUACUGUAUAUGGUGUUAGCAUGUAUUUAUGCUGAACCAAUAAGAAACCUGGUAGAAGGAGCUAUAUGUGACCAUCAUCGUGGAUAUAUUCAUGUCAGCAGCUCUACUCAACACAGUCAUGGAUUCUUUGAAGUGCAUUUAGGAGACACACUAUUUAUUUACCUCCCAAUAAAUGCACAAAUAUUUAUGAAAUGUAAUAUGGUAUAUUAUGUUGAUAUUAACAUUAUAUGUUUGUUGUUGGUUUAGACAUGGACAGUAUAAGCCCUCGAUUCUGUUGUUGGCCGGGUGAGUCUAUAUUUAGGGCUGAAAGGAAGUAGAAAUCUGUAGCAGACAUUAUACAUACGAUGCACUGGUUUUGUCCCAAAUGGCAUCCUAUUCUCUAUAUAGUCCCUAUAGGCCCUGAUCAAAAGGAGUGCACUAUACAGGGAAUAGGGUGCCAUUGGGACAUACACACAGUCAUCAUUACAAAUCCUUGUUGCUUUUCUCUAGUUGGUUAUACAGUAGUAUGUGGUUUCAGAACAGUCAGGGUACUAAUGUAUGGACACUGAAACAGAUAACAAGACAAGUAACAAGUUUAGUUGGAGCUACUAGGCUUUUCACUGUACAUUCACAUUGUCAUCUGGGGGGUUGGGGGUGACGGCUCUGGUAUGACUUCUAUUUUAUCUGUCAGUCUGAAAUGUCAUCACCAUGUUUGUACAGUACAAACAGCAGGGACAUAUAUUUUCUCUCUGGCCUUCGAUUAUGUUUGUUUUGAUUGGUUGUAGAAAUAGAAAAACCAACUCUGAAACUAAGUAAUGCCUAUUCAAAUGCUGAAACUGUGAAUGUGGAGUGUGGAGAAGUCUAUAUAUUUUGAUGUAAUCAAAGAGCACUGGGAAUUAUUACAUUGUAUUUCACUGUAAAAACUGAACCACUUCUGAUAUAACUGUAGUUGAAAUUAAAACCUCUAUAUACUGAA